AUGCCUUCUUCCUUACCAUUCCCUUUCACUCCACUCCUCCUCGUACUCUUAACCGCCGCCGCCGCCGUCCCAUCUCAGCCGUCGCCGCUGGUCCAUGACAUCUGCAACCAAACCUCCUUGCCCUCUCUCUGCGUGGAGGCGUUCUCCGCCGACCCACAAACCGCCACCACCACCACCAACGAGACCACGAUGGUCGGUACAGCUGUCCGGCUGGUCGGCAACACAUCCGGUUCGACCUACAUCUACAUCUCCGACCUCACGAACCAACCCGUGGGCCGGGCCGGUCAAAAGCGGCUGCACAUAUGCGAGAUGUGUUACCUGUCGGUCAGUUACGACAUGUUGCUUCUCAGCAGCGCGUUGAGCGACAAGUCGUACGGCGCGCUGGCGUCGCAGGCGGCGGAAGUGGCGGCUCAGGCCAGGAGAUGCGACGCUGCGUUUUCGAAGUCCACGUGGCAGCCCAUGGAGAAUCGGAACAAGAUGCUGGUGGUUCUUUGCGAGGCUAUUAGGGUUCUUUGCCGCUCCAUCGGUCAAUAA